UGACUCCGCCAGACUACCAGCCUCCUGGCUUUAAGGAGGGCACCCUGGAUAACAUGAUGUUCGAGGGGGAGCCCGUCUUCCUGAGCGUGGGCGAGGUGGCCACUCCCUUCCACAUCCUGCGGGUGAAGGUCACCACAGACAGUGAUCGCAUGGAGCAGCUUGACUGGGAGCUGCCGAAGGGGGAGGACGGCACCGCUGCCCACACUGCGGAACCCGAUCCAAAUGAGCAAGUGGAAAUUAAUGACUGUUUGCCGGCGGAAAGCCCGACCACCUCCCCGGUGAUUGUUCCCGCAAACGAUAACGCUGAAGCGCAAAAGGCAGAGGCAAGGGCAUUGCCCGAGGCUGAGGAGACGGUGGACAAGCCAAGCCCCGGGAAUACCAGCCCUGCUUUGGCG